AAGCUCGAUCCUGCACACAAAAAAAAGAACUAUCGUUGUAAAACAUGCAGCAAAAAACAGUAGCAACAAUUCAAAGAAGGCUUCCCGGCCUAAUAUCCUGAGCUAGACGACUACAAGGAAAGAAACUCACCUCUACCAGCAAGACACUUCUCAAUCUUCAAAGCUAAAGGAACUGAGCUUCUGGAACUGGAUCUGGGAAUAUUCCAGACCAUUGACGUCAAAGUCUCCAAGGAGAUGCCAUGGAGACCGACAGUUCCCACCACAUGGAGAACCACAGAGUACUAGCUACAAGGUGUUUACUCUGUCUACAUGUGGGCGCACCGUCGACACUUUGCAUCCCCAUGUGGGCUGAUUGUCUGCACAUGCGCAUACACUAAGCCGAUUUCAAGCCGCACGCCUGUAAUCGAGGCCAUUGCUUGCACAAAUUAAUGGUGAUAAUAGUAGCUACAUACAGCUGCAACACAUAGCAACACACUGACAACACUAAUAGCAGGUCAUUGCAAACAGUGUAGCCUUCUUUAAGCUUUGUAAAGGAACUAAAGCUAGCUGGAUAUAAUAUUUGCUGGCAGCAGCCCCACCCCUUUACCAUGGAGCAGCCCGAGCCUGUGCAGGAGGAGCCAGCUAAAAGCGAGUCUGUGCAGGAGCCGGCUAAAAGCGAGUCUGUGCAGGAGCCGGCUAAAAGCGAGUGUGUGCAGGAGCCGGCUAAAAGCGAGUCUGUGCAGGAGCCGGCUAAAAGCGAGUCUGUGCAGGAGCCGGCUAAAAGCGAGUCUGUGCAGGAGCCAGCUAAAAGGGAGUCUGUACAGGAGCCAGCUAAAAGCGAGUCUGUGCAAGAGUCACCGAGUUCGUGGCAGAAAGCUGCUGCUUCAUAUGCGAAGAAAGGACCAAGGCGAAGCAUUCUGUAUGCUAACCUAGCAGAGUCUCUCAAGACAAGACAAGCUAGAGCCAAGGCCAUUCGAGAGAGUCAGAGAGGUCGGCUGGACUCGAGACAUGGCUAUAUGUUAGAACUGGUGGCUGACAGGCUAUCAUUGGACACAAGUAUAGUGGAGGAUUUUAUGCUGGACGGGGACCAGUUGGAUCUAUUUGAUAAGUUAUUUGAGCCCAAUGGCAACAAGGCUGUACUGUUCUACUAUCAGGAGGCAAACACUCCAAUCUCUAGUAAGCCUAGGGUACCUGCACCUCUCUUGCUAUACCCCAUUAUCCCUCUAGGAGAAAUGCUUAGCACUGGAAUCAUGCCAACACCCUCUAAGAGUUGGAUGAAGAGAGUAACUGCUUCUGAUGGGACUGGGGAUGCUCUCACAGGAGUGUGCAUAUUCUUCCUGCGUCCCAACAAUAGCAAGAAUGUGACUCUGGCUAAUAUAGCAGAGGAGCUGGUGUGUGGGUGUUUAGAUGCGUCCACUGGUCGCAAUAUUCUGGAGAUCCUACAAGAGUAUCUGAGUGAGGUCAUGUUGCCAGCCUUGCAGAGUGGCCAGAACUGGGGGGCGCUGCAACCGCACCAAGUUGAUGACUUCUUCGACACUCUCAAAGCAUACAUCAACUUCUUACGCAGCUCCCAGUUGAGUAUUGACAAUGCCAUCCACUUGAGCCUGGCCUGCUCAGUGGACCUGGGUAAGCUGAGCACUGCUGAGGGCUGUCUAGCUAAUGCCAGGCUACCCGAGAUGAUCCCUGCACUAGAGACACUAGUGGGACAAUGGUGUCAGCAAAUAGAGCAGGUAUUGGCAGAGGGCAAUCAAAUGCGCAAGGAAGCUGAUGAAACUGGACCACUGGUAGAACUAGAAUACUGGAAACAAAGGACGGCCAAAUUUUCUUGUCUGGUUGACCAAGUGAAGAGGCCGCCAUGCAGAGGUGUCAUCACUACACUAGUGGCUGCCAAGUCCAAGGUCAUCAGAGUUUGGAAGGAGCUGGAUGCACAGAUCACUGAUGCUUCUAAUGAGGCGAAGGAUAAUCUCAAGUAUCUGUACACUAUAGAGAAGCUAUGCAAACCAUUGUACCACGGUGACCCAGUGUCAAUGCUGGAUGCUCUGCCUCCCCUCAUAUCCACCAUUCUCAUGGUUCACGCUGUAUCAAGGUAUUACAACACUUCAGAGAGAAUGACUUCACUGUUUGUCAAGGUAACCAAUCAGAUGGUGACAGCAUGCAAGAGUUACAUCACAGAGGGGGGUCACAAUCGUGUGUGGAGUGUGGACCCGCCCACACUAUUGAAACGCCUGGCUGCUUGCCAGGGCCUCUACACUGCGUAUCAGGAGUGCUUCCACCAGAGCAAGAAAAGGAUCCAGUCUGGUCCAAGACCAUUCGAGAUAUCAGAAACGUAUGUAUUUGGCAAAUUUUCUUCAUUUUGUCGCCGUCUUGACACAAUCAAAAGCUUUGUGGAUACAGAGUCUCAAUUCUCAUAUCUCAAAAGUUCCAAUAUUGAGGGCAUUGAGACGCUUGCCUCGCGACUUACUUCAAUCAUAUCCAACUUCAAGAAGAAGCCGUACAAUCCAUUGGACCACCGCAAGACAGACUUCAAUGAAGACUAUGAGGAUCUCCAUCGCCAGCUGUCUGACCUAGAGAUACUACUGACUAGCUUCAUGGCUAGCAGCUUCAAACAAGUCUCCAGUGUCAACCAAACGCUCUGGCUGCUGCAGAGGUUUGAGGGACUGGAGCUCAAGUGUUUGUCUGGUCCCAUUGACAGCAAAUACAGUCAAACAUUGGUCAAAUUCUCAGCAGCUAUUGAUCAAAUUAAGAUGCAAUAUAAAGAGUGUCGUAACCACCCUCCAUUGGGAUACAACAUGCCACCAGUGUCUGGCAGGAUUAGCUGGGCACGACAGCUCUACAAACAUCUCGAGGAUCCUAUGAACAUACUCAAGCUACGUCCUAGUCUACUAGCCUCGGUAGCAGGUCGACCAAUCGUACGCAAGUACAACAAAGUGGCACUGGGACUCACAGAGUAUGAGAUGAUACUGUACAGAGCCUGGGCAGAGCAUGUGACCAACACCAACACCACUAUACAGGUGCCAGUGCUGGUCCACUGUGGUGAGACUGGGCUAGGUGUGAACCUGUCCUCUGCUGUCGUCACUCUACUAGAAGAGACCAAGUGGAUGAAGGUGUUGGGACUCAAGAUACCCAACACCUUCAAUGCAGCUACCAUGGCAACCAUCAAAUCACACCAUGCUCAACUCAAGUUUCUGUUGGAGGAGAAGUCUCGAAUAUGGUCCACUGUUCCUGAAAUCUUUAUAACCAUCAUGAAAUAUCACCGCAGAAAGGUGGACAAGGCUCUGAGCUCUGGUGCUAUCCACGUCACAUGGACAUCUCUUAAUCUCGAUUCAUUCAUAGCCAAAGCCAACUCUGCCAUCACUGAGUUUGAACGAUUUGUCAAACAGGUGGUGGACUUGUACGAGUGUCGCAUAUUGGCACAGCUUGAUAAGAUGAGCAGUACCUCACUCCUGAGUCUGCCCACCACUGACACCUGGACACCAGAUCACUUCCUGUCUGAGGCUAAGACUUCCUGUGAGAGUGGCUCCCAAUAUCUGAAGGUAGCCUCUGAGAAGGUGGAGGAGUCUAUCAAGGACCUGGUGGUUCUAUUCCAGUCCUCUGCUAGUCUACCAACACUCCAUGCCUUCGAUACUGAGGAGAGCGGCAAGUCCAAGAGAGACAAACUUAAGCAGUUUGAGAGCGAAUGUAAUGAUCUCUUCACACACUUCCAAAGUCGGAAUCUUGAAGCUCUCGUCUUGUCAGUACGAUGCACACUAGAGGGUCUCCGUCGGCGCAUAACUAUGGUAACCUCAAGCCGCACCCCUUCAAAGACGUACCCCCUAGUGGUGGAUGAGACUUUACGUCCAGCGGCCGCCUUCCUCUCCCAACUAGUACUCUCACUACCUAAUAUUGUCAUGAAGCCAAGUCUCGAGGAGGUACAGAGUGCAGUCAAUAUAGCAGUGUGUCGUGUGUCUGAGAUGGGAGGUAGUAUUCCACUGUGGACCCCGCUACACCCACAGUCCAACCAGUCGACACCACGCAGUGCUGCAUCACUCAGUCAGACUCGGUUGAAUCCAAUGAGACGCAGUACUUACUUCAAGGCUAUUCGUGAUAGCAAAGAAGUCGGUAAACUGAUUAUAGCAUUGUCCUCGGCUCUCAUCACGUCUCGCCAGGACCUGGUCAAGGCUAUUGCGCUGUAUCAAGACUAUGAGCACCUCUACAUCACUGAGAGGGACGUUGCUAUAGCAACCUUCCAGGAGUCCAACCCUAACUUCUCAGACUACGAGAGUGAGAUGGAACACUAUGAGAGGCUAGAGACAGAGAUCUCAGAGCUACCCUCAUCCUACUACCUCAACACUGCUCUGACACUCUCCAUUGAGCCUCUCAAGCUAGCACUGGCUGUGGAGGCCAAGGCUUGGAAGACUGCAUAUGGACACAGUCUCAACCAUACCUAUCAGUCCAGUAUGGAGAACAUUGUCAAGUUUAUCAACGAGUACACAAAGAAACUGGGCAGACCCAUCAAGGACUUAGAGGAUGUACGGAGCACGAUGGGUGCACUGGAUGACAUGAGAGGCGCUGAGAUAGCGAUGGAUAUGGAGCUACAACCAAUAGAGGAGUGUUAUGCGUUCCUGUCACGAUGUGGUGUGUCUGUACCUCGUGAGGAGAUGGAGAGAGUGGACUCACUCAGAUACACAUUCAAGAAUCUGCAAUCUCAAGCUAGUUCAGUGCAAGCUCACCUUGUGUCCAUUCAACCACAGUUCAAGAAUAACCUCCUCGAGAGUGUAGCCGUGUUUAAGAAUGACAUCGCUAUGUUCUCAGAGAGCUACCACACAAGCGGCCCUAUGGUGGUUGGAUUGCAUCCACGUGAAGCCAGUGAAAGACUGCUCAUAUUUCAAGCACAGUUUGAUGACCUAUGGGCUAAGUUUCAGACUUACUCUGGAGGGGAGCAGCUGUUUGGCAUGACUGUGACUGAUUAUCCGAUGGUGUCCACCACACGCAAGGAACUGAGUCUAUUGCAGAAGCUGUACUCUCUGUACAACACUGUCAUUGACACCGUGGAUGGCUACUAUGAUAUACUGUGGACUGAUGUCGAUAUUGAGAAAAUCAACAACGAACUUAUUGAAUUUCAAAGCAGGUGUCGCAAGUUGCCCAAGGCCCUCAAAGAGUGGCAAGCAUUCAAUGAUCUCAAGAAGAAGAUUGAUGACUUCAAUGAGACAUGUCCUCUACUGGAGCUAAUGGCUCACAAAGCUAUGAAGGAGCGUCACUGGAAUCGCAUCUCUACCAUCACAUCACACCCAUUCGAUGUCAACUCUGAGAACUUUCUGUUACGUAAUAUAAUGGAAGCCCCUCUACUAGAGCAUAAAGAUGACAUUGAAGAUAUUUGUGUGUCAGCAGUCAAAGAGAAGGACAUUGAAGCCAAGCUCAAGCUAGUGCUGGCUGAUUGGAAUCUUCAGAAUCUAUCCUUUUCAUUGUUCAAGAAUCGUGGGGAGCUGCUAUUGAAGGGAGUAGAGACUAGUGAUGUUGUUAGUCUAAUGGAGGACUCUCUCAUGAUACUGAGCUCCCUCAUGAGCAAUAGAUACAACGCUCCAUUCAAGAAGGAUAUUCAACUGUGGGUCCAGAAACUGUCCAACACUUCAGAUAUUAUAGAGAACUGGUUGACAGUACAGAACCUCUGGGUCUAUCUUGAGGCUGUGUUCGUGGGAGGAGACAUUGCCAAGCAACUACCCAAGGAGGCUAAAAGAUUCCAGAACAUUGACAAAUCUUGGGUUAAGAUAAUGACUAAAGCGCACGAGACACCCAACGUGGUGACCUGCUGUGUGGGGGACGAAACACUGGGUCAGUUAUUACCACAUCUCCUCGAACAACUUGAACUCUGUCAGAAAUCACUAACUGGAUAUUUAGAGAAGAAGCGUUUAGUGUUCCCACGAUUCUUCUUUGUGUCCGACCCUGCUUUAUUGGAAAUCCUGGGACAAGCAUCGGACUCCCACACCAUACAAGCCCAUCUGCUAGGGAUAUUCGAUAAUGUCAAGUCUGUGGUGUUCAGCAACAAGGAGUAUGACAAGAUCACGGCCAUUGUGUCCAGAGAAGGGGAGACUAUUCAGUUGGAGAAGCCAGUCCUAGCCCAGGGCAAUGUGGAGUGUUGGCUGGGCCAGCUCCUCAAGGAGAGCAUGAGAUCACUGCACGCUAUCAUUAGAGACUCCUCUGUGGUCAUUGAUGCUCCUUCAUUCGAACUACUGGAGUUUGCCAACACCUCUCCUGCACAGGUUGGCCUGCUAGGUAUACAGAUGCUGUGGACCCGUGAUUCUGAACUUGCCUUAAAGAACGCUCGCUCUGACAAACGAAUAAUGCUAAACACAAAUUCAUUCUUCCUGGAAAUGCUCAACACACUGAUUGAAGUCACGACACAAGACCUGUCCAAGUUUGAGCGUAUUAAAUACGAAACUCUCAUCACGAUACACGUUCAUCAGCGAGAUAUAUUCAACGAUCUUGUUCGAAUGCACAUCAAAACACCGACUGACUUCGAAUGGCUCAAACAAAGUCGAUUCUAUUUCAACGAAGAUACGGAUAAAACUGUUAUAUCUAUCACUGAUGUGAACUUCAUCUAUCAGAAUGAGUUCCUUGGGUGUUCAGAUCGUCUAGUCAUCACCCCUCUGACUGAUAGGUGCUAUAUUACACUAGCACAAGCACUCGGCAUGGCGAUGGGAGGAGCCCCGGCCGGCCCUGCUGGCACUGGCAAGACUGAAACCACUAAAGAUAUGGGGAAAGCACUCGGGAAAUAUGUGGUUGUGUUUAACUGCUCUGAUCAGAUGGACUUCAGAGGACUUGGUAGGAUCUACAAAGGCCUGGCCCAGUCAGGGAGCUGGGGAUGCUUCGAUGAGUUUAACAGAAUUGAACUACCUGUAUUGUCAGUGGCAGCUCAGCAGAUCUACAUUGUCCUCAUGUGCAAGAAGGAACGAAAAGAUCAGUUUAUUUUCACGGAUGGUGAUGUUGUGAGGCUUAACCCUGAGUUUGGAAUAUUCCUGACCAUGAACCCUGGUUAUGCAGGCAGACAAGAACUGCCAGAGAACCUCAAGAUACAGUUCAGAACAGUUGCCAUGAUGGUACCAGACAGGCAGAUUAUUAUGAGGGUCAAACUGGCCAGUUGUGGAUUCCUGGAAAACAUUAUAUUGGCCCAGAAAUUCUUUACUUUGUACAAACUUUGUGAGGAGCAACUAUCGAAACAAGUUCAUUAUGACUUUGGUUUACGGAAUAUUCUAUCAGUACUGCGAACGCUUGGUUCAGUCAAACGUGCUAAUCCACAGGACAGUGAGAGUACCAUUGUCAUGAGGGUGCUGAGAGAUAUGAACCUGUCUAAGCUAGUGGAUGAAGAUGAACCUCUGUUCUUAUCACUCAUCAAUGAUCUGUUCCCUGGUAUAGUGUUAGACAAGGCUGGUUAUCCUGACCUAGAGGCAGCUAUACACGAGGCUGCUACUGAAGGUGGCCUCAUCAAUCAUCCACCGUGGACACUUAAGCUGAUCCAACUGUUUGAAACCCAACGUGUACGUCACGGUAUGAUGGUGCUAGGUCCUAGUGGAGCAGGGAAGACUGCCUGUAUACACACCCUCAUGAAGGCAAUGACAGCUUGUCACACACCUCAUAAAGAAGUACGAAUGAACCCCAAAGCCAUUACAGCUCCUCAGAUGUUUGGACGAUUGGAUGUAGCCACGAAUGAUUGGACUGAUGGCAUAUUCUCCACGCUAUGGAGACGAACACACAAAGUCAAGAAAGGUGAACACAUCUGGUUGGUGUUGGACGGCCCUGUGGAUGCUAUCUGGAUUGAGAACCUCAACAGUGUACUGGAUGACAACAAGACUCUAACUCUGGCCAAUGGUGAUCGUAUACCAAUGGCCCCAGACUGCAAGAUUGUGUUUGAACCUGACAAUGUGGACAAUGCUUCUCCUGCCACAGUCUCGAGGAAUGGCAUGGUGUACAUGAGCUCCAGUGCUCUGGACUGGAGGCCUAUCCUACAAGGCUGGCUGACCACACGAUCUGAACUAGAGCGCACUGUACUCUGGAAGCUAUUCGACAGUCACUUUGACCCUAUCCUGAGAUUUGUUAGUCUAAACCUGGAGGCUAAGAUGAAAGUGAUUGAGUGCAACUACAUCAAACAAGCUAUGGACCUGUUGUCUGGGUUGAUUCCCUGGACUGAGGAGAGCACUGUAUCCACACUGUCAGCACAACACCUCCAGAGACUGUUCUUAUUCUCUGUCAUGUGGAGUGUGGGUGCCCUACUGGAGCUGGAGGAUAGGUCCAAGAUGGAACAGUUCAUAAUGAAUAAUGGAGGCCUUGAUUUGCCUCCUGUUGGAGAGGGAGAGACUAUCUUUGAGUAUCUAGUGGAGGAAUCCUCUGGUGAUUGGAAGCACUGGAGCAGUCGUGUGGACGAGUAUCGCUACCCUACUGAUAGUGUACCAGAGUAUGCCUCCAUUCUAGUGCCCAAUGUGGACAAUGUACGGACUACAUUCCUAGUAGACACUAUAGCCAAGCAAGGCAAGGCAGUCCUGCUCAUUGGAGAGCAAGGGACUGCCAAGACUGUCAUGAUUAAAGGUUUCUCAUCAAAAUAUGACCCUGAGAAACAUCUCUUCAAGGCAUUCAACUUUUCAUCAGCUUCUACUCCAAAUAUGUUUCAGCGUACUAUUGAGAACUAUGUGGACAAGCGUGUUGGCAAUACGUAUGGACCUCCUGCUGGGCGCAGGAUGACUGUCUUUGUGGAUGAUAUCAAUAUGCCAGUCAUCAACGAAUGGGGAGAUCAGGUAACCAAUGAGAUUGUGCGACAACUCAUGGAGAUGAGGGGAUUCUACAGUCUUGAGAAACCUGGUGACUUCACUAAUAUAGUGGAGAUACAGUUCCUGGCAGCCAUGAUUCAUCCUGGUGGUGGGAGGAAUGAUAUCCCUGCUCGACUCAAGAGACAGUUUACAGUGUUCAACUGCACUCUUCCAUCAAAUGCGUCCAUUGAUAAGAUCUUUGGUGUGAUUGGUGGUGGAUAUUUCUGCCCAGAGAGAGGAUUCAGUGAUGCAGUGUGUUCCACUGUUGGAGAGCUAGUACCAGGCACUAGAGCACUCUGGCAGAGGACCAAGAACAAGAUGCUACCAACUCCUGCCAAGUUUCACUACAUAUUCAACCUGCGUGAUCUGUCUCGUAUAUGGGAGGGCAUGCUACAUGUUGAGUCAGCACAAUGCUCUCAUCAGAACGAUGUACUCGACCUAUGGGUACACGAGGUCACUAGGGUCAUUGCUGAUAGAUUCACCAACCCACAGGAUGUUGAUUGGUUUGUGGGUGCCACUGGGUCUGUGUUGAGGGAGGAGCUGCAAGUGACUCACGUACCUCUGGAGCCAUACUUUGUGGACUUCCUGAGUGACCCACCGGAGCCAACCGGGGAUGAGCCAGAUGAUGCUGACCUGGACGCUCCCAAGAUAUAUGAGCAGAUCCCUAGUCUGGCUGACCUCUCCGACAAGUUGACCUCUUACAUGCACUCCUAUAAUGAGAUAGUGCGUGGAGCUGGGAUGGACCUUGUGUUCUUCAAAGAUGCUAUGGUCCAUCUGGUCAAGAUAUCACGUAUCAUCCGCACAGACCGAGGCAAUGCACUCCUCGUGGGCGUGGGGGGGUCAGGCAAGCAAUCCCUAACACGACUAGCUUCAUUCAUUGCUGGCUACAAAACCUUUCAGAUAACACUAAGUCGUGCUUAUAACGGUAACAAUCUGAUGGAUGAUCUGAAGUAUCUGUACAGAGUGGCAGGUUUGGAAGGGAAGGGAAUGACCUUUAUAUUCACUGAUAAUGAGGUCAAGGAUGAAGGCUUCCUAGAGUAUCUCAACAAUGUCUUAUCUGCUGGAGAAGUGUCUAAUCUCUUUGCUAAAGAUGAGCUGGACGAGAUCACUGGAGAGCUGGUGGCUGUUAUGAAGAAGCAGUUUCCACGACGACCACCCACUCAGGAAAACCUCUAUGAUUAUUUCAUCACUCGAGCACGGAGGAACCUCCACGUUGUGUUGUGCUUCUCUCCAGUUGGUGAGAAGUUUCGCACACGUGCGCUCAUGUUCCCUGGUCUGAUCAGUGGUUGUGUGAUGGACUGGUUUAGUCGAUGGCCUAAAGAUGCUCUCAUUGCAGUAGCUCAGCAUUUCCUGUCCUCAUAUGAUAUGGUGUGUACAGCUGAGAUCAAGCAAGAGGUGGUUCAAGCUAUGGGAGUGUUCCAAGAUCAUGUCGCUGAAACCUGUGUCCACUACUUUGAUAGAUUCAGACGCUCCACACACGUGACACCAAAGUCAUACUUGUCGUUCAUUGGAGGCUAUAAAACUAUCUACACAGAGAAAAAGACACAAAUCGGAGAACUAGCGAAUCGAAUGAACAGUGGCUUACAGAAGCUGAUAGAAGCCAGUCAAAUUGUUGCUCAACUAUCCAAGGAUUUGGCAGUCAAGGAGAAGGAUUUGGAAGUGGCCUCAGCUAAAGCAGAAGAAGUGUUGCAAGAGGUCACCGUGAAGGCACAGGCAGCAGAGCACGUCAAGGCUGAGGUGCAAAAGGUCAAGGACAAAGCCCAGGCACUAGUGGAUGAUAUUGAGGCUGACAAGGUUGUGGCUGAGGGAAAGUUGGCUGCAGCUAAACCAGCUCUUGAAGAGGCAGAAGCUGCUCUACAAACCAUCAAAGCUUCCGAUAUAUCCACUGUCAGGAAACUUGGCAAACCACCUCACCUCAUUAUGCGUAUUAUGGACUGUUGUCUGCUCUUAUUUCAACGUCACCUUGACCCCCUGAGCUUGGAUCCUGAUAAGCCAGGCCCUAAACCAUCGUGGGGAGAGUCACUGAAGCUGCUCAGUCAGACAGGGUUCCUACAACAACUGCAAACAUUCAAGAAAGAUUCCAUCAAUGAAGAAAUGGUUGAACUGUUGGCCCCCUAUCUCGAGAUGGAAGACUACAAGCUGGAGAUGGCUAAGAAAGUGUGUGGUAAUGUGGCUGGUCUGUUGUCCUGGACGUGUGCGAUGGCUUUCUUCUUUGGUAUUAAUAAAGAGGUGCUCCCACUGAAAGCCAACCUGGCAAUACAGCAAGUCCGUCUCAAUGGAGCUAUGGGGAAUCUACAGACUGCACAGGCACAGCUUGAUGAGAAGCAAAGUGAACUAGAUGUGGUUCAAGCCAUGUAUGAUUCUGCCAUGAGGGAGAAACAGACUCUGUUAGAUGAUGCCCAGUCUUGUCGACGUAAGAUGCAAGCAGCCUCUACUCUCAUAGGAGGGCUAGGAGGAGAGAAGGAACGAUGGACACAGCAGAGCAAAGAGUUUGAAGAUCAGAUUGGUCGAUUGGUUGGUGAUGUAUUAUUGGCUACCGGCUUCUUGUCUUAUUCCGGCCCCUUCAAUCAAGAGUUCCGAGUGCUCCUCAUGAAGGAGUGGCAGAGUGAGCUGUGUAGACGCUGUGUACCAUUUACCACUGACCUCAAUAUCUCUGAUAUGCUGGUGGACAAUAUAACGAUUGGAGAAUGGAACUUGCAAGGCUUGCCUAACGAUGAGCUAUCUAUUCAGAAUGGUAUCAUCACUACCAAGGCUUCACGCUAUCCACUAAUAGUAGACCCUCAAGGGCAGGGCAAAACUUGGAUACGAAAUAAAGACAAGAACAACGAUUUGCAAGUCACCACGCUCAACCACAAGUACUUCCGUAAUCAUCUCGAGGACAGCCUGUCUUUGGGGAGGCCUCUGCUCAUUGAGAACAUUGGAGAGGAGCUGGACCCUGCAUUGGAUAAUGUACUGGAGAAAAACUUUAUCAAAUCGGGCAAAACUUUUAAAGUCCAAGUUGGUGACAAGGAGGUUGAUGUUAUGGAUGGUUUCCGGCUCUACAUAACGACUAAGCUUGCUAAUCCAUCGUACACGCCAGAGAUAAGUGCUCGGACUGCUAUCAUAGACUUCACUGUGACCAUGAAGGGACUGGAGGACCAACUACUAGGCCGUGUGAUACUCACAGAGAAGCAUGAGCUGGAGGCUGAGAGGGUUCAGCUCAUAGAGGAAGUGACACGCUACAAGAGGAGGGUCAAGGAACUGGAGGACAACCUGCUGUACAGGCUCACCAGCACACAGGGCUCCCUGGUGGAUGAUGAGUCGCUGAUCGAUGUCCUCCACACAACUAAGGACACAGCUCUAGAGGUGAAUGAGAAGCUUGGGAUAGCAGCAGACACAGAGCUCAAGAUUAACAGCGCACGUGAGGAGUAUCGACCUGUGGCUGCCAGAGGGUCCAUUCUGUACUUCCUCAUUGUGGAGAUGUCCAUGGUGAACGUCAUGUACCAGACCUCACUGAGGCAGUUCCUCGGUGUGUUUGAUCAAUCCAUGAGAAGAUCAGACAAGUCUCCCAUCCCUAGCAAGCGGAUUAAGAAUGUCAUUGACUAUUUGACGUACGAAGUGUUCCGCUAUUCUUGUCGAGGGUUGUAUGAAACACACAAGUUCUUGUUCACUUUGUUACUGCCUCUCAAGAUUGGCCUCCAGAGUCAUGCUAUUGGACACAACGAGUUCCAGACCUUCAUCAAGGGUGGGGCUGCACUGGACCUCAAGACAUGUCCACCCAAACCAGCCAAGUGGAUCACUGACAUUAUCUGGCUGAAUCUAGUGGAGCUGAGCAAACUAAACCAAUUCUCUCAAAUACUUGACCAGGUGUCGCGUAAUGAUCGUAGCUGGAAAGCAUGGUGGGAUAAAGACGCUCCAGAGGAAGCUCAAGUACCUGAUGGAUAUCACAUCUCUCUAGACUCUUUCAGGAAGCUGCUACUGAUCAGGUCGUGGUGCCCUGAUCGUACACUGGCUCAAGCUAGGAAGUACAUCAGUGAUAGUAUGGGAGCAGCGUAUGCAGAGGGAGUCAUACUGGACCUGGAGACUACAUGGGAGGAGUCUGGCAUACGCACACCUCUCAUCUGCUUCCUCUCCAUGGGAUCAGAUCCUACCAAUAACAUCGAGGCUCUAGCUAAGAAGCUCAAGCUAGAGUGUCGAGCAAUCUCCAUGGGGCAGGGUCAGGCUGUUCAUGCUAGGAGGCUACUCCAGCAAAGCAUGUCCUCAGGUGGUUGGGUGCUGCUGCAGAACUGUCAUCUAGGUCUAGACUUUAUGGAUGAAUUAUUAGAGACAGUGCAAGAGACUGAGAGCAUCCAUGAGUCAUGCAGAGUGUGGAUCACUACAGAGGUUCAUCCAAAGUUCCCAAUAGCACUAUUACAGGCCAGUAUAAAGUUCACUAACGAGCCUCCCCAAGGCGUCAAGGCUGGUCUCAAGAGGACCUAUGCUAGUAUCAGCCAGGAGCAGUUAGAUUAUUCCAGCCUCUUCCAAUGGCGACCCAUGCUCUAUGCUGUGGCCUUCCUACACACCACUGUGCAGGAGAGACGCAAGUUUGGACCACUUGGUUGGAAUAUUCCCUAUGAGUUCAACCAAGCUGACUUCACUGCCAGUAUCCAGUUUGUGCAGAACCACCUUGAUGACAUUGACCCAAGGAAGGGUGUGUGUUGGAACACAGUUCGCUACAUGCUGGGUGAGGUGCAGUAUGGAGGGAGGGUCACUGAUGAUUAUGACAAGAGGCUACUAAACACAUUCGCUAAGGUGUGGUUUGGUGAUCACAUGUUCUCUGAUGGGUUCUCGUUCUACAAAGGCUACAGUAUUCCAUCAGGCAAACUAGUCGAUCAUUUCAGAGACGCCAUUGAUCACCUCCCACUAGUGGACACUCCGGAGGUGUUUGGACUGCACCCCAAUGCUGACAUCACGUAUCAGUCUAACAUGGCCCAGGAGGUGUUGAACACAAUCAUGAGUAUCCAGCCUAAAGACUCCAGUGGGGGAGCUGGGGAGACCAGGGAGAGCCUCGUGUAUAAGCUAGCAAAUGAUAUGCUGUCCAAGCUACCACCGGACUACAACCCUCACGAGGUUAAGACAAGACUUGAGAAGAUGGGUGCUCUGUCUUCAAUGAAUAUAUUCCUGAGGCAAGAAAUUGAUCGUAUGCAGAAGGUCAUGACGUUGGUCCGCCAGACAUUAUUAGACCUCAAGUUAGCUGUUGAUGGAACCAUCAUCAUGAGUCAGAACUUGAGAGAUGCUCUUGACUCCAUGUAUGAUGCCAAGGUUCCUGAAAUAUGGAGAAAGGUAUCGUGGGAGUCCUCUACACUUGGUUUCUGGUUCACAGAGUUCCUUGAGAGGAACGCACAAUUCUCCAAGUGGAUAUUCACAGCUCGACCCAACGUGUUCUGGAUGACUGGCUUCUUCAAUCCUCAAGGCUUCCUCACUGCCAUGAGACAAGAGGUCACCCGUGCUCACAAAGGUUGGGCCCUCGACUGUGUUAUACUGCACAAUGAAGUCACUAAGAUGAUGAAGGAAGAUGUCCCCCAACCACCCACCGAGGGUGUGUAUGUGUAUGGCCUCUUCCUAGAUGGUGCUGGCUGGGACCGCAGAGGAUGCAAGCUAACAGAACCACCUCCUAAAGUGCUCUUUACUCCACUCCCUGUCAUGUAUCUGUUUGCUGUCAACUCUGCUGACUAUACCAAGGACGCAAAGCUGUACACUUGUCCUGUAUACAAGAAGCCAUGUCGCACUGACCUCACUUACAUCACGGCUGUUAGUCUCCGCACACCCACUUAUCCCGUACAAGCAGCUAACCCAGACUAUUGGAUAUUGAGAGGCGUGGCACUACUCUGCGAUAUCAAGUAACCCUCCGAACAUUGAACUCUGAACUCUGAACUUAUCGAUUAUCACUUAGUACAUUAUAUGUAGCAAUUACUGCUUAAAAUUCAUU